GAACAAUAUCCCUGAAUCGACUUGAACUUCCUGCCAAAACAGAGGCUUUAUUUCAUGGAUUAAGUUGUUUAUAAGUUUGGAAAAGAAAGGAAGUCUUUGCUUCUGGUGGAGUAAACACCAGGUGUGUGACUUUGUGAUUUAGAAGAGGUCCUUGGCUGUAUCUGAAGUCUUCCAAGAUGGCAGCUAUGAAAGGCUGGAUGCUGGGGCUCCUGCUGGCACUGCUCUGCCCACUCCAGCCCCCAGCCUCUGGGCUAGUGAGCGCCCAGGAUGUGGCUGAGGCAGAGGGAGACGACCGCAGCGCGGAUGCAGACGAGGAAGGUCAUCUGGAGGAGGUUGUGGCUGAUGAUGGUGGGGAAGCUGCUGCAGGUGAUGAUGAAGCUGGAGAUGAUGAAGAGGAACAGAUAGAAGAUGAGGAGGAAGAGGCCGCAGAGGCAGACGAGGAGGAGGAGGAGGCGGCGGCACACGAGGAAGCUGAUGAUGAGGAGGACGAGGGCGAAGAGGCAGCUGCCUCAGAGGAUGAGAGUGAAGAGGAGGCUGAUGCGGAUGAAGAGGAUGAGGAAGAGGAUGCCGCUGGGGAGGAAGAGGGGGCUGAUGAUGAGGAAGAGACAGCUGAUGAGGAAGAGGAGGCUGAUGAUGAGGAUGAGGCAGAUGCUGAUGAGGAGGAGGAAGAGGAGACAGCAGAAGAUGAGGAAGCUGAUGAGGAGGAAGAGGAAGAGGAGACAGCAGAGGAAGAUGAAGCUGCUGAUGAGGAGGAGGAAGAGGAGGCUGAUGAUGAGGAUGAGGAGGGCACAGAGGAGGAUGAGGAGGAUGCCGAUGAGGAAGAGGAAGCUUCUGAGGAGGAUGAGGAUGAUGCCGAUGAGGAAGAGGAGGCUUCUGAUGAGGAUGAGGAAGCAGCUGAGGCAGUGGAGGUAGCUGAGGAAGAGGAGGAGGCUGAGGCAGCAGCAGCAGAAGAAGAAGAGGCUGAUACCACUGAGGAGGAGGAUGAGGAGGCCACUGAGGAAGAUGAGGAAGCUGAAGGUAGUGCUGAAGCUCUGCACUUCCACUCCGGCUCUCUGUGCAGUGUGUGCUCUGUCUGUGAGCACUGCACCUCUGACUGUGACAAGUGUCCCUGUGAGGAGGGAGAUGAGUCGGACCACUGUCAGCACUGCCAUGGAUGCUCGUACUGCUACCUCUGUCCGCUGCUGUGUGACACCAUUUGCACACCAGGCGGCCUUGUCGACGAGCUGACCGGAUCCCUGUUUCAGUAA